GYCGGUUUURUUCCUUCCUACCUUUUGCCUGACAAGAGAGCCAAUUCAUUAGAUCCCUUCCUUGAUCCCCUGGUUACAGAUUUGGAAAAUGGGUUCAUUGAAGGUACAAACUGUAUCAUUUAAGUUUCUAAUAAAUGUCUGUCUGUCUGAAAAGAAAGGUUGACUCUGCGUAUAACUAUAGACGUACUUGAAUCUGAUGGUCUUUUAAAAUUAAAAUUAAAAUUAAAAUUGCUUUAUUCAACUUUAAUUUUAGGAUUUAGGGUUUCUUAUGAAGGUGAUAUGCUAGAUUUCCCUUAUGGUGAAAUAACUAUCCGUCUUUUGUUAUUAUUAUGGACUGGUGAUYAUCCAGCUCAAUGUGAAAUUUGUAAAUCCAAGGGAUCUGGAGGCAAAUAUSCUUGYCGUCGCUGUAAAUUGUUAGGUGAAUACCUUGCAGCACAAAAACAUUAUUAUUAUCCUGGCUUCAGAAAGAACUACCGAUUUCCUAUAGAAAAAAGAGAAAUCAUGGAAGAAUUACCUGCAAUGGAGGAGAUAGAACAGGAGGAGAGAGUAACUGUAGCUGGGACCAGRUCAAGAGAAAGUGGAUUCACAGGAUUAUCUCAGUUACACCGUUUAUAUCCAYUUUACAAAUUUGAUGUCCUCCAGGAUUUGGUAUUUGAUGUUAUGCACCUGGUACCUCUUAACCUGGUCAAGAGACGGCUAGAGUACUUACAAAUUUAUUGGUUGAUGAAAAGGAUCUUCAAACAAACUUAGACAAAAUGCCAUGGACAAGAGAAUACCGAAAAUCAAGAUUGCCAGCAGAUAUCUCUCAGAUUGGAAGAUGGAAAGCUGAAGAGUUUCAGAAGUUUGCAUAUCCAUCUUCAGAGUUUGUGUUGGAAGGCAAUAUUGAUCCCARUGACAAGGUGGUCUGGGCACCUCUUCCAAGAAUAGUUGAAUAUAUUUUCAGUAGUGGACUAAAUGGUUGGUYAAGAGAUAUGAUAGAUUCCUUCAAAAGAUUAUGCUGGAGGUACUGCAUUCUUGUACAAGAGUCAUAUGGAACUGCUGAAUGCCUUAUUACUCUACAUUCUUUGACUCAUGUUCCUGAAGAUAUAAUUCGAUUUUCAUCACCUGACAAUUAUUGGUGUUUCCAAUACGAAAGAGCAGUUGGGAGGUACAUUAAACAAACAAGCAAAAAAGGAGUUGAGAGAACUUUUAUGAGGAAAGAAACUCAAAGAGAGUUCUUGAAGACCUGGCCACUGAGAGAACCAUUACCACUAACAGGGAAAUACAACCAAGAAAAGAUGGUUGCAACAUCUAUUGAAGCUGCAAGAGAACUGSUCAAGUUAAGUGAGGCAGACAGAGAUCACAAUGCUAGAGCACAGAUUGGGAUCUUAGUUGGGAAGGGCAACAACCACAUGUUGUCCAGAGAAGAGAUACUAGCAAUCUGUGCGUGUCUGCAAAACUCUGGUUUUAAUGAAAACAUGCAGCAACAUUUAUGUAUGGCGGAGACAUGCAAAAGUACAUUUGUGCCAACUGUUGCUGGUGCUUUCUCUGAAACAGUCUAUCAAAUUGGGGAUGAUAUCAUAGGAAAAUUGGGUAAUAAUGAGACAGUUACCAAAAUUUUGCAUUUCUAUUUGCUGAAUAUCCAUCAACAAUACAUUCCAGUAAUAAUGGGUGACUUUUACAGAACAUGCAGAGACAGUGAAGGCAUUGAGUUGAGACAUCCAUUUGGUGAUACUCUAAUUGUUGAGCCCUAUGGUACUAAURCAUGUCUUUCUCUAAGUCACUUGAGCAGAAAAAUCAUGCUUUAUCCACAACAGGCUGGGAAAUUUGCAUUAAUAGAUCAAUCAAGAUCACAGAUACAUCUUCCGAACGUUUUAAUUACCCGUUUGCUGACUUUUGUCCAGUUCUGCUGUGGAUUCAUGGAUGCGAUAGAAGUCCCUGUGGACCCUUAUGUCAUGCCCCAAGAUGACGUGCCAGCCAGUCGACAUCAGUCUCUGUCAAGGCAGCUGCUUGAGAGAUAG